CAGCAACAAGCAACGGUCACACUGGCCAAAAUAAAGUCAAAAAUUGCACGCAAAAUAAGUGGCGAGCAGCAGUCUGUGAUCGAAUUAGCCCAAUUAAAGCAGCGCCCAGCAGCCGAAGGAGCCAAAGAUGAGCAGCCAGCGCGGCAAUGUAAGUCGCACACGUGCGCAGAAGCACAAAAAUCGUCAUGUUUUCAAAAACGAUCUGCACGACAAGACGCCGCAGCAGCUGCGCCUGAAUGCGAUGCACGUGUCCACGGUGUGCCAGCGGUGCAAGGAGCAGAUCGAGUGGAAGAUCAAGUACAAGAAGUACAAGCCGCUGACGCAGGCCAAGAUCUGCGCCCACUGCAAGGAGCGGUCGGUGAAGAAGGCCUACCAUGUGGUCUGCAGGGACUGCGCCAUCAAGGCGAACGCCUGCGCCAAGUGCCUGAAGAGCGCCACCGAGGUGGCCAUCGAGGAGCCGCAGCCGACGCCCCGCGAGGAGCAGCAGCUGCAGUCGGAAAUGGACCGGCUGGUCAAGUCGUUCUCGGAGCGCAAGCGACGUGCCUUUCUGCGCUACAUGCGCAAGGGCAAGAAGCAGGAGAAGGAUGGCAACGAGGAUGAGCAGCUGGACGAGCAGCAGCUGGAGAGCCAGGAGAAGGCCAAACGGGUGGCGCACACACGCGACGAGCUGCUGGACAAGAUCAAGCAGCUGAAUCUCGCCGGCGAUGGUGACGAGGACGAGGAUGACUCAGACUUUGAUUCCGACGAGGAAGACGACGACUCUGAGUUCGAUUCCGAGGAGGAGGACGACGACAGCGAGGAGGAGCCACAGAAACCAGCCACCAAGGCGAAAUAAACCUUUUUUUUUGUCAUUUAGUUCUAAUUAGUUUAGCUACUUGGUAGAGCAGGAUAAUGUGCACCUGGAGCACCGAUUCUAGGCCAUAGUUAGCUGACUCUCAGACUCGCACUCCAAAGCGAAGCUGGUUGGGCACAGGAGGAAGGUAUCCUGCCCGAGUUGCAAUUGCGUGGAGUGUAAACUUGGCGAGAGGCAGCGCCAAUCUGUUGAAGAGCCACCCACCAGGCUAAAUAAAACCAUUUUCAUCAAGAA